AUGAAUGCGCCACAUUUAAAUAAAAAUGAAAAUUCUUUAAUUAAUGAAACAAGUUUAGAAAAAGACAAAAUUAUAAACAAUGAAACAAAAGAAAAUAAAAAAAAUGAGGGGAAUGGAGAAAGUGAUGAAGAAAAAUUAUCAAAUGAACUAUGUGAACAAAAUAAGAAAAUUUUAAGAAAAACAAAAAAAAACACAGCAAUUUCUACUUAUUCACCAGCUUAUAUUUCUGAGCCAAUAUAUCAAUGGGAGGUAUCAAGCCAUGAUAGAAUAUUUUACGAUAAAAUAAACGAUUUUAUAAUUCAUCAAAAUGUUUCAACAAAAGCUUUACUAGUUACAGAUAUAAAAAAAAAUGAAGAAAAUUAUAAUGGGGUUUAUGUAAAGUUUGAUAAAGAGUUAUGUGAAAAUAUUUGUUUUUGCACUAAUGGUAGUUUUUUCCUUUAUUAUUGUAUAAAUCCUAAUAAAAUUGAGAUAUCUGAUAUUUUAAAUAAUCAUAAUAUAUAUUUAAAUGUAGAAAUAAAUAAAUUAAAUGAAUAUGAAAUAUUAAGUGCAUUUUGGUUGAAAAAUUCAAAUUUAAAAAACAAAAAUGAAAAUAUAAGCUCUUCUGAUUUUGUAAUUGUAACAGAUAACUCUAUAGAAAUAUUUAAAAUUUCUUUUGACAAUUUAAUUAUUACACCGUUAAAAAAGCAUUUUAUAAAGAGUCAAUAUUGUUGGUAUGAUGAAAAUAGUUCUUAUAUCGCUUUAUUAUCUAAUAAAAGUCAUGUAAUAUUUCCAUAUUUAUUAAGCAAUAACAAUACUAUAAAACUUCCAAAAAUAGAAUUGAAUAUCUUGAAAAAUGAUAACAUAAAUAAAAAUGACAUUGAAAUUAUAACUUUAUAUAAUGAAACAUAUUGUAUUCAUAAAGAUCAUAAAAAUGGAAGAAUAUCCCUUCGCUGCUUAUCUUCUACUUUAUAUUUUGAUUACGUUCUUGAUUUAUUUUAUAAUGGUACUAUAUAUACCUUUUCUAUAGAUAAUUUAUUAGUUGUAUUUAAUAAUUCAAAUGAAAAGGUAUAUUUAUUUGAUAUAAUGUACAAGAAGAAUAAGGGUAAUAUAAAUUCUUUAAGUGAUCAGAAUAACCACACUGUCAAUAUUUCAUAUUUAACUUCUCCGAAAUCUUUUAAAACUCAAAUUAAUUUUAAUCAUAUAAAUUUUAAAUCAUUUAAUGUAUUAAUAGAUAAUCAUUAUGGUAAUGUUCAUAAAAUUAAAAUAGAUUAUGAUUUGUUGAUGCUACAAAUAUGCCAACAUUUUUCUAAUUUGAAUACAUCUGUUGAUGUUUUACUAAGAAGACCUAACUGUAAAAAUAGAAUAACAGAGAUGUUUUUUUUAGCUUUAGAAAAUGACAUAAAGAUAGGAGAUUUUUUAAGUAUUGUAAAUAUAAUAAAUGUUACUUAUAGAAAAAUAAUAGAACGUUGUGCUCAAAAAAACAGUAGCUCAGUAACAAAAACUAAUAAGAAAAUUAUUCAAUCACUGGAUCAUUUAUUAAAAAACUUAGGAGAUAAGACCUUAAUUACUGAGAGAGAUAUCGUUGCUGAUGCAUUUCAUCCUUAUAUGAUAAAAAAAUACAAUUUAGAUAAAAAAGAAACUUUAUUUAACUUUUCUCUAAAUUUUAGGGAAAUUGAGAAAAAUAAAAAAAAUAGAAGCAAAGCUAUAAGAGAAAAAAACAAUAGUGGUGAAAAAUAUAUGUUAAAAUAUAAAAUAAAAAAGAAGAAUUUUGAAAUAAGUAAAAAUAAUAGAAAUUUUGAUGAAAGUAGGAUAAAUAAAAAUUUAGAUGAAAAUAGCAAUGAAUUAAAAAGAGAGGAUGCAACUAAUCAGGAAGAUAAUAAUAAUAAUGUUGCAAAAACUAAUAUGAAGUAUGAAUUAGAAAAUAAUACAAAUAAUGAUUAUAAAUUAAAUCUGGAUUAUUCAAACUUUCAAAAUAUUCCUAUGUUUUUAAUAUAUGUGCUAGAAUAUAUGAAGUCUUUAUUAUAUUUAAAUAUUCUACCUAAUAGAAUUUUACAAACAUUUAUUUUUGAUUUAUGCAUAUUUUUUAAACAAGAUAAUUGUUUAAGACAGCUAUUACAAUUUUAUGUUAUUUCUGAUUCAAUAGAAGUAACUAAAAGAUUAUUUCAUUACUGGAAAUUAACUGAACAUAAGUGGGCGUAUCAAUUUUGUUUAGAUAUGUCAUUAAGACUAAAGGAAUAUGAAAUGGUUAUUCAUUUAUUUUUAUCUUCGAAAAAGUAUUUAAACAUUAUAAGCUUUAUAAGAAAUUAUAAUUUAUUUGAUUAUCCUAUUUCUGUUAUAUUUCAAGCAAUAGAAAAUGAUUUUGAUUCUCCUGAUAAAUAUAUCAUAUUAAAUCAUGUAAUUUUAUCAUUAAGCAACUGGAUUAAUGAUUCUGAAAAAGAUCCUGUGAAAUUUCCUUUACCGAACUUACAAAAUUGUGAAAAGUGGAUUAAACUAGUGGAAGAUUAA